AUGACCAACGAAGUUAAAUUUGAUAUCAAAGUUUCUGGAGGAUCAUUAGUGAAACUAUUUUACGGUGCCAGUGCAUACCACACGCAUGGUGCUUAUGUUUUUUUUGAAGAGGUUGAAGCCCCAACAUCUUUGUUCAAACAGUUAUUAUCUAUGUCAAACUUGGAGAACGAGAAAAAUCUUACUAGAAUUGAGGUUCCAAAAAAAAAAGUAGACAAUAACCACAGAAACUUCAGCAAUGAAGAAGUUGUAGCUUACACAAUCUAUUCAAAUGAAGAAGAUUUAAACGGAAAUAAAAGUUUUGUCCAAAUAUCUUAUAAUUACUCUAAAAAUGACUGGAGUAUUGAGGAUUAUAAGCUUCUGAAUGAAAGUGGUGAUACUGAAGGUUUUGAAGAUGUUAAAGCUUAUGAUAAUAGGGAGAAAUAUGUUUCAAAAAAGUUUCGUCCUGUUGUUGUGGUGUUCAGUUCAAAAGCUUCAUACAUUACAGCACAAAAUGGCUCAAAGAUCUGUGGAAAAGAACAAUCAACUAAUAUUUUCAGACCGGAAUCAUAG